AGGAUGGUUGUCAACAGGUAAAUGAGCUGCCUCCCAUGUGAUCGCGUAGGUUUGUCUCUUACUUUACUUUUUUCAUAUGAUGCGGUUGCCCGGCCGUCUCGUAGGAUAGCGGUGUUUGAAGUUAGUGGGCUCCAUGGAUUUAGCGAGACAUGUUGUAUAAACUGUGUUGCAUUUCCUUGUGGCCACAUCAGCUGAUUGAUUCCGCAGCAGCGUGUUGAGAGGUACAGCAGUGCUAUUGUGUAUGUUAACACAGCAGAUCUCCAGACAAACUUUUCAGAAGUCAGUCCAGGUUUAGUCUGCGCACAGAUGAGAUCACGGCUCACGUUUGUCGUUUUAGUGAAUGGUAACGAGGGUACCAUUGUAAGUGUAGAGAGCAGGUCAGUAGCUCCUGCAAGUCUACCUGCCUGCUUCGCCAUCUUCUUUGGCAUUCCAUCUUUUAAAAGCAACUUCACAGUCUUCCUUAUUUGGGGAGGGUCACCACAUGUGCUGAUGGACUCAGGCUUAGUUCAUCAGCAGUUCUCCUGCACAAGUCUUAUUAGUUACAGUGGAAAAGACUCUGAGGAUACUGAAACAUAAAACGUGAAACCAUCAUUUUAGAAAUAUUACUUAGUUAAUUAAGUACAGAAGAAAUAACUUAUUUUAACUGGAGUAUAAAUCACUUUAUUUUAAAAGUACCUGCAAAGUCUUCCUUACUUGGGGAGGGUCACCACUAGUGCUGAUGGCCUCAGCUGCAGUUAAUCACCUGUGAAGUCACCCCCUCCCAGGUGUGCAUGCAUGCCAAUGCUAAUGCAGGAAGGUGGGCGGGACUACCAGAUAGGCAUACAAGUCAAGACCACCAGAUGUCCACAUCAACUGAUGUUCUCCUGAGACACUCCAGAGAGGCUCAUCACAGAUCAUCUGAUCACAUCUCUCCAGAGAGAAGCCUGCUGUCUGCCAUCAAGACCACAACAGCAAUUUUAAUUGCUACUCCUCAAGGGCUGAUAUUCCAAGGCAGUCCUAGGUCCAUUGGCUUGGGAAAGCUUUCACUCCUGACUGAGAUUUCUCCUGCCUUUGCUCCUGCUCUUUUAACCAGCCUUAUUUUAUACUGCUGAAGAAUGGCUCCCCAGAGGAAACCCAAUAGGUUCCAUCUGCUGUGCUCUAUUUGCAUGAAGACCAAGGCCGACCUGUUGGUGCAUCUGCGCAGGGUUUGCAUGAAGCACGGCACACCAGAAGCCAUUGAUGCAGAGGUAGUGAAGGCAAAGAUGGCUGCGCAAGAAGUCCUGGUGUCUGGCAGGGUGUUCAGCUACGUGCUCCUUCACCAGAUUGUGCAUGAUGCUGAUCCACUCAACAGGCUGAUUGGGGAGCUGCAGCGUCGGCACAUGGUGGUGACUGGUGUCCCUCCACCCCUUCCUAAUGCCACGACCAACACACCGACAGUGCAACCAGAGACUAGAGGGAGCGAGCAGUCCGACACUGUCAGCAUUGGCGAGACCUUUCAAUGCUACCGGGAUGUGCAGUGGAAGAACCAGGCCAGGAAACUCAUGGCAGAGAAGGGUCUCUACCAGAAACACUCUCUGGAUCAUCCACUGCUGAAAGACUUUGGCACGUACCUGGAGAAAGACCUGGGCAACGAGAAUUUCAAACAGGAGGUUGAAAACGUUGCACGUUUCCUCUUCUACGUGAACCCACGUCAACCAUCCCUGGAAUUUGUCAGAGACCGGGCAAAGAUCCAGCAGUACCUCCGUGAGCUCUCUGAUGCCAAACUCACCAAGCAGACCCAGCAGAAUUACCUCAAGAGCUUGAAAAGAUUCCUGGUGUACCACACCGUCAACACAAACCUGAGGCACGAGGAUGAGAAUCUUUAUGGGGACUGCAAGUACUUCAUGGACUUCAUUGGGUCUCUGCAGAAGUGCUGCUCCAAGAAAGUGAGCAAAGAGAUCGCCAAAAGGAGGCAUCGCAUGUUGACUGACAACCAACAGCUGACACCACACGACUGCUUGGCUGUGCUGAGAGCUGCCAAGAAGGACUUCUUGGAAGUCAUGACCAAGGUGACUGAUGACAAGGGUAAAACCCUGGAAUUACCUGGGUGCAUCCUUGUGGUGUACUAUCUCCAGGCGGUGGUCAUCCUGAAACACCUCCAACGACCGGGAGUGGUGGAGCACAUGACUGUCCAGGAGUGGAUUGUGAGAAAGACCGACACAAAGGGCAACGCCAUUGUCGGGGUUAAGGAGCACAAGACCGCAGCACAACAAGUUGCCACAUUUGCCCUGUCACAUGAGGAGGCGUAUUGGUUUGACAUGUACUACACACGGGUGCGGCCAAGACUCCUGAACUCCAAGAAGCGCAAAAGGUACGAGACCAAAGAAGAAGAGCGUUUCUUAAUCUCCACCACGGGGAGGCCAAUCUACAAUGCCUCCAAUGACCUGAACCGGCUGCACAAAAAAUACAAACUUCAGCCAGUGACCAGCCAGUUGGCACGCAGGAUCUUCGAGACAGCCACCAAGACUUUGACGGAAAUGGAAAAGUCUCUGGUGGCCGACUAUCUCACGCAUUCCACUGCAACAGCGGAAAAACAUUAUCGCAUGAAGCAGACGGAUGCUAUCGUGAGGGCCAGUAGGCUGCUGGCUACCCUGGCUGGUGAUUCAGGUGCUGAGUCUCCAGAAGAGGGUUCCAGUAGGGGAGUCCGUGCCUCUGCCCGAGUCCCUGCCAGCACGUCUGUCUGUGGAACAAACGUGAAGAUGGACCUCAAGGCAGCCUACAGCAGACUGCUGGCCAUACACCCGGUGAGUCUGGAAGGGGACGUGCCAAACAGGACUGUGCGCAAGGAGGUGUCGGUCACCUUUCAGCGGCAGAUGUAUGAGCGUUGGCUGAAGGCACAGAUGAGACUGCGUGUGCAGCAUGUUCUUGCAUACUUCUGCCGACGUCGUCCAACUGAGAGUCGAGUCAGGGCCUGGAUAGCGAAGCAGGGAUGGAAGAGCAACCUCCCCACUGCUGCCAACAUCAUCAGGGAGUGGAAGCCCUCAGGAUAUGAAGACAUGGUCAUGGACUCUAAACAGAUCCAGAAACUGACCAGUUCACAGAAGUGGAGAGGACUUCAUGUGAGUGACAUUGAAGGGAAGGGCAAGGGAGUCAUUGCGACUCGAAUUUUUCGUACUGGUGAGGUGGUCUGUGACUACCAUGGGCGGGUCAUCACAGCCAAACGGGGUAAGGACAUUCACAGGAACAUCAGUGAGGAGGGGACUGGAUACAUGUUCUUUUACCGGAACACAAAAGGGCAACCCAUGUGCAUCGAUGCACAUUCUGUUUUCUGUGAGUGCCACCCUGAACAAGAGACUGUUGGAAGGUUCAUCAACCAUUCCAAAUCAGCUGCCAACCUAAGGUCCAGGUUGUACACUGUGGACACAGACGGGGAGGAAAGAGACGUUAUACUUUUCCUCGCAACCAGGGACAUUGAGGCCAACGAAGAGCUCCUAUUUCACUAUGGAACAGACAGGAAGUCCUUAGCCUCCCUUGACUAAAAAUGACUUUCUGCCGGGACUCUGUAACAUCACGCACUUAAACGGUGAGUUACAACCAACGAGUCCUGGUCCACAGACAUGGGACUGUCUAAAACCAACGUCCCACCCUGUCUCCAUCUGGUCUGCGGUCAGCGGUUGUGACUCCAAAUGACUCUCUGCCAGGACUCUGUAACAUCACGCACUUUAACGGUGAGUUACAACCAACGAGUCCUGGUCCACAGACAUGGGGCAAUGCAGGAAAUCUUCCACCUUCCCCCAAAAGGCUGCAGGAGUUGAGGACUACCAAGAAACAUUAAGUAUUUAUUAAACACUUGAUAUCACAUUGAAAAAAAUAUUGAGUAAAGUACUCCUGAUCAGAAGCUACUUUAAAAUGCUUUCUUUUAUUUUUCAGAUUGAAAAUGUUGAACUCUUCCUUGGAGCAUCCACGUCAACUAUCCCUGGAAUUCUCUCCCACUCCCUUCUCUCCCCACCGUCUCUUCUUCUUUCCUUUUCUCUGUUGUCCCUUUCUAUCCCCUCAGACCUCAUACUGUCCGGUGGCUAUACUACAUAAUGCAACAAGAGCAGUAUUUCACACUCCUCUGCUGUAGAACAAAAUGUGUUCAAGCACUACAAGGCAUUCAGAGCUGCUGUACUGUCUGCCUAAGCUGCUGAACAGGACAAGGUUCAAGAAAUACAAUGACCUCCAGAGCUUGAAAAGAUUCAUAGCAUUUGGUGUUGUUGUUUCUCCAUAUCCUGUCAACACUUUAGUGGACAGUAAAUAACUGUAAAUACUCACACUUCCUUCCACAGAUUUGUGGUGUAACACACCAACCUGAGGAUGGAGGAGGAUGAGACACUGUAUGGAGACCUGAAACUUUUCAUGGUGUUUCAGCGAGUCUCAGAAAUGCUCUUUCAAGCAAGUGAGGAAAGAGAUCACCAAAAGGAGAUAAGUUCCCUGCCUUCAGGGAAAAGGUACCGGAGCCUCCAGGCCCACUCCACCAGACUUUUGAACAGCUUCUUCCACCAGGCUGUCAGGAUGCUGAACUCCACUCACUACCUCCCCCCUCUGCCCCCUGGAUUCUAACACACACACACACACACACACACACACACACACACACACACACACACACACACACACGGACUCUACCUCCGCUGCUUUUUGCACAUUAUUAUUUGCAUAUUAUCUAGAAUACUGCCUGCUCCUUAAUGUGAUUUGCACUGUUGGUUUUUUUCAUUUUUAUUGUCCAUUUUUGAACUGUCACUGCACUACCUGCACUGUGUACAUAGGAUGUUUUAUAGAACUGUAUUUUAUUAUAUUGUAUUGUUUUUUCUAUUUAAAUUUUAGAUAUUUAAAAGCUGGAAAAGAGAAACUGCAUCUCGUUUUUCCUGUAUGUCUCGUAUAUACAGUGAAAAUUGACAAUAAAAACCUUUGAAUCUUC